GUACUCCGUUCGCACAAUGUGCUAACAAGUAAUACUUUUUUAGUCAUAUCUCUUGAAGAGGCCUCAGAGUAUUAGUUGAAUUGAAGCAGCUGGUGAAGGUUGCAGCAUUAAGAUUCAUUAAAAAUGAGUGACGACGAUAAAAUCGUUUUUGGUGGAGAAGGAACGACAGAUUUCACAAAGUUAGUUGGAUCCUUGGGAGAACUUCUCUUCUUCCAGCUCAACAACAAUCAGGAUAAAAUUGGCAUUAUAGAUGGACUGACUGGGAGAAAAAUAACUUAUAGAGAAAUUAAAGAGAAAGCCCUCCAUUUGGCGGAAUUUUUCCGACAAAAUGGGAUUAAAGCAGGAGAUGUCAUUGGGAUUUGCAGUGAAAAUCGCAUAGAAUUUCCAUUUACCAUCUAUGCAGCAUUUCUCAUUGGAGCCACAAUAACCACAAUCAAUCUCCUCUACACUGAGCGCGAAAUGAACCACACCAUUCAACUAACACGACCUAAAGUGAUCUUCGGUUCUGAACUUGUCGUUGAGAGACUUCAGGAUGUCUCUAGGAAAUUCUCCUUCAUUGAGAAAAUUAUCCAAUACGGAGAUACCCCAAUAGUUAAAGGAAUUCUAGUCUUUGAGGACAUUCUCAAGGACAGGAGAUAUGCAAAGCCUGAAGAGGAACAUGUCAAUCCACCGGAAGAUCUCAAUAGAAAUGCUCUAAUUAUGAUGUCUUCAGGGACGACAGGACUCCCAAAAGGAGUGCAGAUCACAGAGGCAAAUAUCCUGGCUACAUUGGGACAUUCAGUAGAUUCCCGAAAUGAAUUGUACGAAGAAGAUGAAGAACUGAUCAUUCUCAGCAUCAUACCAUGGUUCCACGUCUAUGGCCUUAUGACGCUAAUUUCUUCCUCAAUCGGAGGAAUCACCCUGAUAUCUCUGCCAAGAUUUGAGGAACGCCUUUUCCUCAGUUGCAUUGAGAAGUACAAAGCCACUCAUUCCUUCAUGGUUCCUCCCUUGAUGGUUUUCAUGGCUAAGCAUCCCCUGGUGGACAAGUACGACUUAUCCAGUCUCAAAGAACUGUACUGCGGAGCAGCUCCUUUGAGCAAGGAAGUGGAAAAUGCCGUUAUGGCCAGGAUACCCAAUCUUAAAGCCAUCCGUCAGGGAUUUGGUCUCUCAGAAACCACCCUCAGUGUCUUAUCUACGCGGGAAGCAAAAACCAAGCCAGGAAGUGUAGGAAUUAUCGCAAUAGGAACCUCCUGCAAAGUUAUUGACCCAGAAACUGGAAAGAUCCUGGGACCAAAUCAACCUGGGGAAUUGUGUUUCAAGGGACCGCAGAUCAUGAAGGGAUAUGUUGGGAAUGAUGCUGCGACAAGGGAUACAAUUGAUUCCGAGGGAUGGUUCCACACUGGAGACGUUGGCUACUACGACGAGGACAAAUUCUUCUUCAUUGUGGAUCGACUGAAGGAACUGAUCAAAUACAAAGCAUUCCAAGUGCCGCCAGCUGAGCUGGAAGCUCUCCUCAUGUCUCAUCCCAAAAUAGCCGAUGCUGCAGUUAUUGGGCUUCCGGAUGAGAUUGCUGGAGAACUUCCACUGGCUUUUGUGGUGAAACAGCCAAAUGUGGAAGUGACUGAGCAAGAGAUUAAGGAUUACAUUGCCGGGAAGGUCACCAACUACAAACAAUUGCGAGGAGGAGUGAGAUUUAUUGACGAAAUACCAAAGAAUCUAAGUGGAAAAAUUCUCAGGCGAGAACUGAGGCAGCUAAUCAAAAAUCCCAAAUCAAAACUAUAAAAUUUUGUUAAUUCUUUUUUUGUUAAACGGAUGAGGUGAUAGUAUUUUUAUAUAAAUAAAUUUUGAGGUGUUAGAAAAAA